AUGAGGUUAGUGUGGUACUUUUUAGGAAUGAGUUGGUCGCUCACUUUUGAUUGUUUACAGAACUGUGGCGGCGCUGGAGAUGCAAUUAGCAGUCGGGCGUCGCGCCCAGGUCGUUCCGCACUUUCUGCUUCCUACACUCGGCUCAACUGUCUAUGAAGCGGCCGCUUCUCCUUCCGCUUCUGCUCUACAUAAUGCGGACAGCUCGACCGCAGUACGUCACUCCAAAGUACGCCGAGAUCAGAGGUGGUUUCAGAGGGGUGAGGAUUCUGAGUUCGGACUUUUGCAGCGGUGUCGGCGAUGUGCAGCAGCGAGGGCAUCACGGCGUCGAUCGACUUCGACCAGCCUUUCGCCGGUAAAAUCUACUCUCUGGACUACGCCAGCGUCCAGGACUGCCUUUACUACAACAAUCUCGACGUCGACACCGUCCUCUUCUCUAUUCCUGCCCAUAGAUGUGGAACCAAACUCAUGAGGACUUCGCGGAACGUGAGUUUUCUAUCGUGAAAGACAUCAAAUCAACAGGAAUACGUAAAGACUGAGAUGCAUUUCAAAGAUUUCUGAAAAGAUAAUUUUUUCUUCAAUAGUUUCAACAAAUGUUUUUUAAAAAUGUCUCGAAAAAGCUUCCUGGUUGCUUUUAACGUCUGUUACUUCUUUUUUCAUCUCUCAAAUGUUUUCUUCAGAAUUUUCCUUUAGAAGGAAGUUUAUGAAAAGUCAUGCAGGUCAAAUUUUCUUUUUUUUUUCCUCUAUUUUUUUCAUACAAAGUUUUUCGUGUCUCGAAUAUUCUUCUAAAGAGCACAAUUCUGACAUUUUUUUUUAGUUUUGCGCGUCAUUUUUUUGACCGAAAAAUCAUUCGUCUUUUCGACUGUUUUUUGUUUUGAAAAAGACUUUUAGAAAAUAUUUUUCUUUUUCUAACACAUCAUUGUGAGCCCAUUGCCUUCUUUUUUCGAAAGAAACGGCUCAUUUCAUAAUAAAGAUCGUGUCUGAAAUGAACGGUGUAUAUUAUCUAAAAAAUCAAAUACUAUCCUGAGCAACGCUACUGAGAAUAAAAUGAGUAGCAUUUUUUUUUUCGAUAUUUUCCUAGUUAGAAAAUGGUUAUUGGUUUCGGUCACCCCAUUGCUUUUCUAAAUCACGAGCAACGGACGAUUCCCGAGGUCAUUCAUUUAUUUUGCCGAAUCACUGACACGUACUAAUUAUACGUACCUCCACAUGGCCCAAUUGACUCGUUUUGCAUAUAUAAACUCUCUCUAACUAUUUUCGCGUCUGAAAAAAAACUUCCAGCUUGUCAUUAUACUUUUCUUACCUUGAUUUUCCUUUUUUCGUUGGCCUUCAAAAAAACUUUAAGACCUCAAAAGGCAAAAACGAGGUCGAAGGGCGUGAAACUGGAUGUAACGCAUAUGAGUCAAUUACUUUUCUGAAGAGUGAGACGUGUGCCCUUGGCAUCGCUAAUUUCGCAUUUUGACGUCGCGCAGCCCCGAAAACAGCCGGUCGAGACCCAAAUAAGGAGAAAAUGUAGAGAAUCGCAACUGAACCGAUCUGAACGUCAAUUGCAGGUCGUCGAUCAAAUGGAAAAUCGCGUAUAUGUUCAAAUGGACAAAGAUACGCAGACGGCUGCCGACAAGCAGUUUUCCUUCGUCUGUCGGCUCUCAGAACCUCCAAAGUCCUCUUCACUCCCUUCAAAGUUUGAGAGUUCGCUUGUUUUUCAAAAAAAAAAAAGAAGUCGAGGAAGUGCAAAAUAACAUAAGCGAUGUUUUGAUUUGAAAAAAAUAGUCUGAAACAGCUCCUAAUCAUAGCAAAUUACGAAAAAAAAAACGACGAAAGUUUUAUGAACUCGGAUUUGCAGUCUAAACUUCGUAUCCAGAAGAAAAAUGGUUUCGUCUUAAGGCAGUUCGAUCAGUUCAAAGACUUCUACGCGAGGCCCAUUGCCAACAGCAUUUCUACUAAAUUGGUCCCCCCGCAAUCCGUCAUGACUCCGGUCAAGUCGGUAGGAAUUUGCAGGAUUGUCGUCAUAAUAUUUCAUGAAUAGCCUCAUUUUUACAACAUUUUUUUUUCUGAAUUGAACAGUAUAAUAAUUUGAGUGAUGGGAGACUUAUAAAUUUUCGGAGUAUUUGAUCUCUCUUUUUUUGGAAAUAAUUUGUGGUAGGAGUUUCUCCGAACUGUGUCUUUCUUCAGACAAGCGUCUCCCGCGUGGCGGCCUACUCUUCUGACGCACAUCUGGGCAACUGGCCGAUUCCAGGUGCUCAGCCUUAUGAGUCUUCGAUGAAGCCCGUUCCGUCCUAUCCGCUGGCACCGGCUGUUCCCCUCCGUAAGAAAUUUGGGGCUCAUGAAAACUCAGCAAGUGUGACAAAGAUUUGAAAAAAAAAACACCUUUAAGCUUCAAAAGAAUAAGCUCGAGAAUUGAGCGAAGACCUUAGGUGUAAAAUGAUUAUUUCUAGCCCAACCUCCGCCUGCGCACGGCGUCCUUCCUGUCCUGCCAGCCUUGCAUCCACCGCUCUUCCCAACAGUUCAGCCUGCGACCCCGAGUCCCGCCGGCGUUUAUCCGACUCCUCCGAGAUCCAUCUCAUCCAUUGGCGCCAACAGUCCGAAUCUGCCGCUCUUCCCCCAGUUCCAACGAGCUCCUCCACUUCCGCAACUUCCUCUGACUACCUCCACAGUACUCCCACCGCCAAUCGUUCCAAAUAUGCACGUGCAGCAAGCCUUGGUCGUGCCGUUCUCAACGGUUACAACGUCCCCUGUCAAAGUGAGAACUUUGCAUCGAUUUUUUUUCCAUUGAACAACUUGCAGGUUGAUGCUCAUAAAUGGAGCGAAGCUUACGCGACUCAGCCUCCUCCAUCGCUGGCAAGGACCUUCCAGGUGUCUACUAAAGACAAAGUCGGAACGAAUUACCGAGAGGAGACUCCCAAAGUCGAUACAACUUUUUCCACAGACGUCGUAGACAAUGGAAUCGUUGAAAAGUAAAAUCACAUAUCAUGUCUGUCACACAAAGCUAUUCAGACCGCCGGCCGUCCUGGCAGGAACUCAAGAAGUGGUGGCUGAGCCGCAGGUCACGCUCGAAAUCCAACAGGGAGAAGGCCCUUUCGCGCCGCCUGUAUCCUCUGCUAUUCGAGUUGGGGAAAACAUUUCGCUGGUCGUCAAGGCUAAGAGCUUCAUUCCUGGCGCCGAGGACUUCGACAUGUUCGUACACUCGUGUUUUGCGACCGACGGCCGUGGUUCCACCAGAAUCGAACUUGUCGACAAGAAAGGGUAGGCUGAUAAAAAAUGAAAAAAUUCUAGAAGCUUAGACUAUAAAGAAAUUUCAAAGUCAACAUGAGACCACGGUUGAAAGGAUUAGACAUUCAAUCCGGAAAAAUGUAUAUUUUACUAUGGACGCCAUUUUUGUCAUUAUUUUCUUAAUGACAACAAAAGGAAAAUAGGGCGGACAGGCGCCGAUCAAGUUCUUCUUGUAGAGCCCAGUUCGAGUCCUUUCAUUUUCCCGUCAAAAAAAUUACAGAAGUUUAAUUUUGAAAAAUCUCAAAAAUUUUUUUGAGAACCCCGCACAUAUCGGAUUUGAUAAAAAAAUUUAAAAAAAUUGUUUGUCAGGUAAAAAAAUAUUAUUUAUUUUAAGAAAAAUAGAUGGCAUGAUCCAACCCAUGCUUUUCGAAAGUUCAAACAAAAAUUUCAACAAAGUGGAAAAAGACCUGGUUUUCAAAAAGCUCCAUUUAUAUAAAAACUGUUUUCAGUUGCGUCUUGAGAAGAGAAUUCGCUUCUGAACUCCGAAGAACCAAAGAUCCGUCGCUUUUCAUGUACUAUUAUCUAAUGAUCAAGGUAAACUAGCCAGGGAAAAGUAGGGCUACUUGAUUUCACAGGCUUUCAAAUUCCCUGGUCCAGACGAUGUUUAUUUCUCCUGUACGAUUGAAUUCACACCGUACAGAAACGUGCCGGUAUAUUUCAAAACUAGGAAAAUGAAUAUUUGGUUUUUGCACAGGAAAUAUGUUCCUCGAACGUUUCGCGAAGUCGGAGAGACUUGCCAGCAGACCAAAUCAAAACUUUGAGGCUUUUCGACAACGUGAACGUCGAGUUGGAGAAUGAAGAGUUGGUUGAAGCAAUUCAAGGUUUUUUUUUUCAAUUUCCGCUUCAGCUGUUUCUUUUCAUAACAUUUCUGCACUAAGUCCACACAUACUGUUUAGUUCUCUUAAACAGGGCGAUAUCCGACUGAAAUGAUCCUAUAGAAAUAGUUGCUAGUAUUUGAAGUAAAUAAAACCAUUUACUGAAUCCCGAGAUUCGAAAUUGAACAAGAAACAUUUGCAGAAGAAGAAAAGCGCUGCUCGGCGGAAGCGGCGCUGAUUGUUGCUGUGUGCUCCCUGAUGCUCGCCUCCACGAUUUCCACUUCUUUUGCUUUUUACUUCUACUGCAAAUCACUGAGCAAGUGA